AUGGCGGGAUCGCCGCUGGCUCAUACAAGGGAGAACGGCGCCCUUGCUGGCGGGAUCCUGGCCGAUGCGCAGACCUCCGUGUCGGCAUCUCCACCGCAGGCGCUAGGUUUCUUCACUGCAUGCUUGCGACAGGCGUGUGUGGGGUCAGCGGCAAAAGGGGAGAACCUGGCGGCCCUCGUUCGCAACUGGCAGGACCAGAGGCUUCCUGGGUCAGGGCAGUGGGUCAGAAGAUUACUCUGCCAGCAAUGGAGGUCUGCCACCACAGGUGUGGCAGCAGAAUCUUCAAGAGGGCUGCCAGUGGGAGGACCGGAGCUCCUCACGGCUGGGCUGAGUGACCCCUCCCGGCGGCAACUCGUGUGGUGGUUGGGCAUAUGCAGCGCGUGGGUCGCCAGCCUCGUCGUCAUUGGCGGUGUGACGAGGCUGACACGCUCAGGACUCUCCAUGACGGAGUGGAAAUUCUCAGGUGAGAGGCCCCCAAUGAGUGCCCGCGACUGGGGCCUCGCCUUCGACCUGUACCGUAUGAGCCCUGAGUGGGAGCGCGUCAACCGCAGCAUUAGCCUGGAGGAGUUUAAGUUCAUAUACUGGGUGGAGUACAUGCAUCGCAUGUGGGGGCGCAUGCUGGGCCUGGUCUUUGCUGGCCCCGCGGUGUACUUUCUGAGCAGGGGCAUGAUCACACCGCUCAUGGGGCGCCGCUUGGGACUGUUAUUCCUGAUGGGCGGGACGCAGGGGCUGGUGGGAUGGUGGAUGGUCAGGAGCGGCCUGCAGGAGCCUGAAGACCCCCAUGCUGUGCCGCGGGUCAGUCCCUAUCGCCUGGCCGCCCAUCUCGUGUCUGCCUUUGGGAUCUACGCGUUGUUGGCGUGGACCACCAUGACAACCGCAGCGCCCACGCCCGCCCUCUCGAGCGCCUCCCUCGCGCUUAGACAAGGUGGUGCGAGGCUGCGUGGCUGGCUCAUUCCCCUGAGUUGCCUGGUGGGCGUGACGGCUACUUCCGGCGCCUUCGUGGCGGGCAUGGACGCUGGGCACGCAUUCAACACGUGGCCCACGAUGAACGGACAAUGGGUGCCAGACGACUACUUUGCUAUCGACGGGCCUCGCAAUUUCUUCGAGAACACUGCUGCAGUGCAGUUUAACCACAGGUUACUGGCGUACACCACCGUCGUAGCCACCCUUCUGAUGGUAGUGGCCUCCCGCCGCCUCGCCCUCACCCCCACAGCCCGCCGGCUUGCCACCGCUGCCGCUGUGGUCGCCGUCGGCCAGGCGUCACUGGGCGUCGUCACACUCCUGACGCACGUGCCCGUGGCCUUAGGGUCCGCCCACCAGGUGGGCGCCUUGAGCCUGUUCACGGUGCUGCUGGGCCUGUUGCACCACGUGAGGAGCCCGGAGCUGUCGGCGGCGGGGGCGAUGGCGGCGCGGUAUGGCUCGCCGGCUGCGGCUGGAUGCGUGUUGCUGGGCGCUGCGCUCGUGACACAAAUGAAGUGA